AUGGCUAAAGAGAUUCAGAAAAUUUAUAAUAAUCCAAAUUGCCUACUUAGCUGGCCAAAAGUUUUAAUCGUAGAUAAAGGAACCAAAUAUAUAGAUCACCAAGAAUUUGAAAAGCAUGCUUUUUUUUGCCAAGAUGCUAUGGACUUACAUUUACCAUUGACUGAUAGAUCUAGGGAGUGGGUUGUCAGCCUUUAUAUUAAUGAUGAUAAAUAUAAUGAUUCCCCUACGAAGUUAAUACACAUAUCAUUCAAUGAAGCUGUAAAAAAAUCAUUAGAAAGUGGGAAAAUUUUUGCAGAUCCAGCUGUCAAGCACAAAAGGCCUAUAGGUUAUGAUGAACCCCUCCUAUCAUCUGAUGUUAAAGUUCAGCAUCUAUUAGAACCUGGUGAACUAGAAGGCUGGAGAAGGAGGGCUACUGAUUGUAACUGGUCUCCU